AUGGCUUCUUUCAUUCAUCGUGUCCUUUUUCUUGUUCUUCUUGCAGCCCUUUCCCCCGUCUUGUUUGGCACCCACACCCUUGUUAAAGCUGAUGAUAACUUAAUCAAGCUACAAUGUCGUCAUGCAGAAACACCAACACUAUGCAUCCAAUGCCUGAAAUCUGACCCCAGAGCUCCACAUGCUGACAAGGUAGGAAUUGCUACCAUUGUCAUAAACUGUCUAAGCAGUCAUUCGAAGACCUUGGCAUCCAACAUGACAAGGCUAGCCUCUAAAGAAGAAGACAAGAAGCUGAAAUCUGCAUGUCAUAGUUGUAGCAAAGGUUAUGUGAAAGCAAACAAGAAUCUUUUGAAGGCUGUUUCUUUGUUAAAGAUUGGUGAUUAUGAUAAGGCUAAUUCCGGUGUCAAGUCAGCACUUAAAUAUGAGCUCUUUUGCAGGGAAACCUUUGAGAAAUCCAAAUGGAAACUUCCUAGUCUUGUUGUUUAUGAGAUGAGGGUUUAUGAAGCACUUUCCGAGGCUGCUCUCAGAAUUGUUGAUAGGUUCUAA